ACCACAAUUCUCCUUUUCUUAAGAUCAAGACCAAGAUCGAUUCACUCGCGUUGGCAUCCAGAGCCGACCAAAAUGAUGGAGCAAGCGCGAGAUGCGCGACACUCAAAACGGAACACGACUCUCCUUUGCUUGUUUUUGUCAAAUCUUGUUGCUACACGACCCCCCCACGACGUUUUGGUCUCGAUCAUCAACAGGGCAGAAAAAAAACACGACUCGUUCGUUCAAGCAGAUGUUUCGCGAUCGCAUCGGAGAGAUUUGUUUGAUCUGCUUAUUGCGAUGUGUUGGUUAGGGCAGGUUUUCUUUCCGAAAUGACAUUGACAUUUUUUUUGACUGGUGGUUGUUGAUACUUGAAACGGGAGGCCUGGGUUUGUUUGUUCGUUUCGUGGGUUGCUGACCGAGUCUUGUUUCUUUUGCUUGGUUUUGCAUCUUGCAUCCGCGGAAGAGUCACGUUUACUUAUGAUUGAUGAAAGAUAGCGGUAA